GCAGAUUUUACAAAACAAGAUGGUUCAGGACUGACCCCCAAAACAGUUGCGGAAAAUAUGGAGUUAGAUGAAUAUGUAGAAGAAAUGGAAGAAGAACAAGAGAGAAGAGAACAGAUAUUUGAUUCAGUUUUAAAAGUAUUGCCCAGACAUUGUGCAGAGGAAAAUGGCCAAUGAUAGUUUGGCACUCCAUGUAGCAGUAGAGGUAGAGAACCUGUCACUGGUCACGCUGUUACUGACAUAUGAUUAUCCAGAGUACGCUUUGGAGGAUUUCAAGGAAGAAGGGAUGGGAAUCAGCUACAAGCUGCCAUUUGAUGUCAAUGCAAAAGAUUCAAUAGGAAGGAGUCCCUUGUUUUUGGCUGCAGAGAAGAACAAUCCAGAUAUUGUAAGAUGUUUACUUAAUUUUGGUGUCCAGUUUGAGAAGAAACAGAGAAGAUAUGAAGGUCGAAGCAGACUGACCAGUGAUGUGAGCUUUGAGCCUGAAUUAAGAAAAGAACAGUUUGGGAGUAGUUCAAACAGCGGUCCUUUCUCUUCCAAUGUGUAUCACCCUGUGGAUAUCAACCUGCAGGGUCGUAAUGGUUUUACACCUCUACAUGUGGCAGUGAGUAACAGUUACUAUGAGGUUACAGAUAUACUGCUGAAACAUAAGGCUGAUGUCAACAUACUGGCUAACGAUAGCGGAAAGCUCAUAUCCACCCUCAUGAUGGCCUGUAGGAGAGGAGACAGCAUUAUACUGGAUAAACUGUUCAAGUAUGGGGCCGAUGACUUAGAUAAACAAGUCUUUACUUAUGCUGUAGAGAAGAGACCAAAAAUGGUGUUCACUUUACUUAAAUACAGAACUUGUAAAGAUGUGGAAAAUGAGUACAAAAUCAAUCGUAUGGAUAUGAAGAAUUUAUACAGGAAAAUGUCUGAAAUUGAAGACAGUUAUGAUGGGUUGAUCUCUCUGAACCUGAAUUUUAGGAAAAAGUUUCCAGUUCAUCCUGUCCAUGUUAAAUGGCAGGAUCUGCAGCACAUUGAGAUGGUCAAAGAAGAUAUGUUGAUUGAUAUCAGCUGUCACCACAACCCUGAGAUACAGACCACAUCUCUUAAUUACCCAUUUGCACUAUUUGCGAUCACUAAGAUUGACAUCUCUGGAAAUAAAAUAGGUUCUGUUUUUCCUUCAGUGUUCUUUAAGUUACAUUCUUUACAUUACUUGAAUUUGUCCAAAAACCAGAUUAAAACUUUUCCUGAUGUGACAAAUACUGAUGACAUCUUUGUUUGUCUAGAAGAAUUAUUACUUGAUAAAAACAAAAUUGAGGUAUUACCAGACUAUUUAUUCUCAGUGUCAACAUUGAGAUAUCUUUCAGUAGCACACAACAGUCUGAGAGAAUUUUCUUCAGAAUUGUGGGACAUGCAAUGUCUAGCUUAUCUAAACCUGUCUGACAAUCAGAUUGCCUCGCUACCCCAGCCUCGCCCCAAGCACUCUCGUCCCCCAUCCCAAGGAAAUCCGUCCUCAAUCACAAGUUCUUAUCCAGAGAUACACAUCCCUCCAACAUUGGUCACACCAACUAAACCAAGUGUGGAAGAGCUUGAGGUCAAACAUGCUGUGACCUGGAUGUCAGGAAAGGUCGUUGUAAUGGACAGUGACUUUGACAGUAGCUCUGGUCCAUCAAACAGAGGAUUACAAGAUCUAAAUCUCUCUAAAAAUAGACUGACUGAAAUCCCUUUCUGGCUGUGUUGUACCUCUCCCUAUAUGGAGAAUCUGAAUCUUUCUGGCAAUAAGAUCCAGUCUGUGGGGGGAUUAUUCCAGCUUCCUCAGUAUCUGAAGACUUUAGAUCUCAGUGGAAAUAAUAUACUUGAUACAGUACCUUGGCAAUCUUCAGAGGACAAUGAUGGACUAUGUUAUAAUACAAGAAGUGUUCGUCCGACUGGCUCCCCCCAUUCCUUUAAUUCCUACACCAGCUUCACACAGCUACUGACUUGUGGUCAUCGACAACACCGGAUUCUGGAACGACUGGACACACUUAACCUUGGCUUUAACCGGAGGCUGGAAAAAAUUGUCAUCACAAGAUUAAUAGAGGACAGACAGGGAAGGAACAGUACAGCCAGUCUAAGCUCCCUGAACUCCAGUAUAGAUGAGGAAAAGCGUAGGCUGCUGUUCCCAAACCUGACAAGUUUGGACCUUAGUUAUAACACAUGUCUGAAGGAGAUUCCUCCCGAGAUUGGUGACAUUAGUGCACUGAAAAGGCUGUCUCUAUCCUUCACUGGAAUCAAGGAGCUGCCUCCAAAUAUUGGGAAGUUGAAGAGUCUAUUUACCUUGGAGCUGGAGAAGUGUAACCUGGAAGGACCAAUUCUGGAUAUCAUCCAGGGAUCUCACAAGCGAACCAAGGACAUACUCGGAUUCUUGUUAUCUAUCCUAGAAGAAGCAGAGGAAUAUAACUGUAUGAAUCUUAUGUUUGUUGGAGUACACAAUAUUGGGAAGACAAUGCUUCUUAGAGAAAUCAGAAAAUAUGGCAAAACUACUCAGAAAAUAACACAUUUCAGUCAGAGGAUUGACCAAUCAGCAACCGGUAUUCGACAAGAUGGAGGCACUCUCUCAACAGUGGGCAUUGACAUCAAUGAAAUUGUUAUUGGAGAAAAAUGGUCAAAAGGACCCGUCACAUUCCGCACUUGGGACUUUGGGGGACAGAAAGAGUACUAUGCAACACACCAGUACUUUUUGUCUCCAAGGUCUCUAUACCUUGUCAUGUGGAAGUUAAUAGAUGGAGAAGAGGGCAUUCAGACAAUAUGGCAAUGGCUAGUUAGCAUACAGGCUAGAGCUCCAGGCUCCCCAGUGAUAAUAAUCGGGACACACCGGGACAUUCUGACCGCUAGGAGAACUCGCAAUAACUUCCCUGCCUCAUUUGAGGAGGAUAUGAAAGAGAUCAUUGAAAGACAGUUCAUCAAAGUGGAGGAACCAGAUAAAUGUGGAUUACCUGUUGUAAUUGGUCAGAUAAAUGUCAGCUGUAAAACUGGAGAAAAUGUCAAAGAUCUUGUCAACUUCAUCUACAACAGAGUCUUCCAGCUUAAACAUCCCAGAAGGAACAAGGAAAAACUGCUUCAGCACAAAAUCCCAAAGAAAUAUUUAAUUCUGAAGGAUAUAGUCCAAGAGCUGGCAGAGGAGCGAAUCAGAGAAAAGAAGGACCCAGUAUUGGACAAAUCUUCAUACAUGUUAAAGACAAUGAAUAAAAUGAUGGAAAGAUCCGGAACCUUAUUUAGAGACCCGGAGGAUGUGGAACAAGCCACCAGAUUUCUACAUGAGAAUGGUAUACUGUUCCAUUAUGAAGAUCUCACGUUAAAGGAUCGUUAUUUUCUGAACCCUCAGUGGCUCUGUGAUCAGCUAGCCCGAGUUGUGACGGUAGACCAGGUCAACAACUUCACUCAAAAUGGUGUGAUGAAGGCCACUAAUCUACAUGUUCUGUUUAAGCAGUCCUCUUUCCAGCCAGAGAACAUCGAGCAUUACAUUUGUGGGCUUCUGUCCAAGUUUGAACUCGCCCUCGAGUUUGACCAGCAGCAUCUGUUGAUUCCAUCCCUGUUACCAAGGGAACAAGACAUGCAUAACUGCAUCAGGAAAAGUGAAGAUGUUAAGAUUCCAUUACAAGAUGACACAUUCAGAAGACCUCACUCGGGUUCAUUCAGUAUUGGUAGCCCGAACACCUCAGUCUCCCAGAGACCUGCUCCCUUGGCAUUUGUGAACAGCCAUCCCUCUAGUAAUGUCAUUUUUUCCCACUGUAGAUUGUAUGUUAUGACAUAUUUUCCCAGUGGAUUUUGGCCAAGAUUAAUCACUAGGAUUCUUGCAGAUAGAUCUAUGUACGACAUUGUAAAGGAACUUUUCCCAAUACCAUGUGAUAUUUUAGAUGCUUGCCCCUAUCUUAAACAGAAAGAACCUUGUUGGCAGCUAUGGCAAACAGGAAUACAGCUACUGCAUCAUAAGGCCGUUUUAUUUCGUAUUAAAGAAGUGCUACCAGGUCUUACUGGAUUUUGUGAUUAUCAAAGAACGGAGUUGAAAUGCUGGAUAGAGAAUCGCUGGUCCCAUAUUGACAUGCAGAACAGUGUAAUACUAGAGAUGGGAUUUUGCUGUGAUUCAAUAGAGUUUACCUUUGCAGACAGAAGUUCAUCACAGCAUGGGAUGUGUGCAAUCACUAAAAAAGAACAAGUCUUUAUGGAUGAGAAAGCAUGUGCUAAGUUCCUUGUGAAGAUUUCAGAGCAUGUUGAUAACCUAUUGCAGGACUGGUAUCCAGAGAUCGGAGAAUCUCGAUUUGUACAGAACUGUUAUGGUAGAUACUUAAUCACCAGGGUCAUACCAUGUCCUCAUUGUCUUUUUGAAGUCGUGAAGGAGGAGAAAAAGAAUGACACUACAUUGUUCUGGCAGUGUGUUGACCAAAAUCUGGACGUCACUUCAACUGUCUCUUUGUCUGAUAUAGAAAGAAGUGAAACAUCACUCAGUGAAAGGGAAAGACAAAAUGGAAUGUAUUGUUUCCUUGUGGAGAAGUGCAUACUUAACUGUCUGAAUGACCACAAUGAGAUUUGUCCCAGUCAUGGUAGCAUGUCCCCACGGUUCAUGAUGAGUGUAGAGGGGAUAGCCCGCACUCUCUACAUUGCCCCUGACAUUGUUUUCAAUGACCUUGACACCAGUAUUCUGAUUGGUCCAGCUGAUAAUCUGACUCUUGUGAAGCUGAUUGGUAAAGGAGCUUUUGGAGAAGUUUAUCAAGGAAAACUAAGAAGGGUUGAUGAACCAUUGGAAGAUGUAGCAGUUAAAAUGCUGUGUGGUCCUUUCAAAGAUAUUGCACUUCAACCUAAGGGUCAAUCAGACCUCCACAUGGAGAAUGCAACAUCAGCCUACCUGACUGCAAGACAAGAGAUCUCCAUUCUACAAACUAUACAACACCAAAACAUUGUCCCCCUCCUCGGUCUAGCCAUGAGGCCUCUGUCCUUGGUCCUUAGUCUGGCACCACAAGGAAGUCUUGGAAACAAACUUCUGCAGAUUGGACAAGAAGGAAAACGACUAAGUGUGUAUGCCAUCAAGCAGAUUGUUUUGCAGGUUGUGGAUGCCUUGUCGUACUUGCACAGUAGGUCCAUUAUAUAUCGUGACCUAAAGGCAGACAAUGUGUUGGUCUGGAAGAUGAAUGGUUUUGACUUCUCUGAGGACAGCCUUGACCCCAUCCAUAUCAGGCUUGCUGACUAUGGAGUCAGUCGAACUGUUCAGUCAUCUGGAACAAAGGGCUUUGGAGGAACACCACCAUUUAUUGCUCCUGAGAUUCUCCAGUUUGCAGGAAAAGCCCAGUACACAGAGAAGGUUGAUAUAUUUUCAUUUGGGAUGUUUAUGUAUGAGCUGUUGACCUGCAAGAAACCCUUAGAGGAUAUGACCAACCCUACACUAUUUGUUUGUCAAAAUGGACGCCCCUCUAUAACAAGAAGGGAGUUAAAUUAUCCGUCACAUUUCCUGGAUUUGAUGUCUGUUUCUUGGUCACAUGAUCCAACAGAAAGACCAUCUGCUGAACAAAUCAAACAGAUUGUACAGUGUCCACAGUUUUGUCACCUAGCCGAUGCUAUCUCCAUGGAUACCAGUGUCAACAUUCUAUCAGGAUGUUGUGUAACAGUAGAAAGAGAAGCACAGAAUGAUGAAGAUGAAGCUUAUGAUGAUGAUGACAUUUUGCCAAACAAUGCCAUGAAAGAGAUUUGGUUGAGCACAGCACCAACCAACAAUAACUCAAGAAUAGAAAUAUACAGCUUUGAUAGAUAUUUCAGAUCAACAGUAAAUAAGACUAUCCCUCUAAAAGGUGGUGAAUUUUAUGGAUUGAUAGCGGUGGAUGGCAAUGUUUUUUGUGUGGACCCAUAUUGUGUAGUUCACAUCUACAGUGCAACCCCAACCAAGAAGAUCAGGCUUAUCGACCCUGAUAUAGGUCUCAAGGUGCGAUACCUCACAAGUUAUGUACUGGAAGGUGAAGGAAGUAAGAAAGUAAGCUUUGUGUUAGCAUCUGUUAGAGGUGGUGUUCUAGUUAUACUCGAGGUGGACCUAAAAAAUUUUGAAAUAAGCAGAAGAAAGGAAAAUGUGUCUGGGAAGUGUAUCUGUGGCUGCCUGGUGCCCAGAGAUGAAAGAAGACUAGAAUUUUGGUGUGGACAAACAGAGGGCAGAAUCCUAGUGCUUGAUUAUUAUGAUAUGAAGAAAGAUGGAGAAAUUUUGGAACAUUUUAAAAUUAUCAAUAUCAAUAGAAAUUGUCAUUUUUUGGAAUCAGCUGCUGUUGAAGAGAAACAAUUUGUUUGGACAUACAACUAUCCAGGCACUACUGUUUAUCGGUGGGAUGUUGAGACCAGAAAAGUGGAAGCAGAGCUGAAUUGUGCUGAUGUUGUUCCUAUAACAGAGAGUGGGUUAUUCCAUGCCUACUACACCAACAACCAUGAAGCACGAAGAUGUCAGGUGACAGCCAUGAAAGUGUCUGGCAAAUACCUGUACAUUGGCACCACAUCUGGUUGUGUUAUUGUAGCAGAUGCAGUGGAGCUGAAGCCUUUCACAGUGUUCUAUUGUCACAACAAUGAAGACUUUUACAUCAGAGCCAUCAUCCCUUUGCAAGAAAACAGUCCCUCUGAUCCUCCACACUUGAAACCGUUCAGACCUCAUGGCAUUGUGACCGUAGGUAAAGGUUACCAAGAUUUGAUUCUAAAGACAGAAACGGAGACUGAUCCAAGUUUUAUACAAACCAUUGCUAACAGACCAUCUGGUUUUCCAAGAAAGUCCACAAAAAGUCCUACAUACAUUAUUUCCUGGUAUGCGAAAAACUGGGAAUUUUAUUAACAAUCAUGACGCAAAAACACUAAGAAAAGAUUGAUGUAUGCACUACAUAUAGCUUUCUAGUCACUUAUUUGCCAUUGAAGCACCUUUAUGUUAGUAUAUAUUAAUUUAGUCACAUUCUGCUUGGCAAGUUCACAAUGGAAAAUAGAAACCCAAUAAUUUAUCAAACGAUGUAAAUGAAUGUUGAAGUGGUACAGUGCAAUAUGUUUGUUUUAUUUGUUUUGUUAAUGACAAUCUUUAACAGUUUUAUUUGUUAUAGAAAAAUGUUACACCAUAAAUAAAUGACUCUUCUUAAACUUG